UCGUCACGUGACGCCAGGGUCAUCGUGGCCUCACCGGGCAACCGUCCUGGAGACGGACGCGGCUCUCGGCGGCAUGAACUCCAUCUACCCGCUGGCGGUGCCCAAGGGGCGCCGGCUCUGCUGUGAGGUGUGCGAAGCCCCGGCGGAGCGCGUGUGCGCGGCCUGUGCAGUCACCUAUUACUGUGGCGUAGUGCAUCAGAAAGCUGACUGGAGCAGCAUCCACGAGAAGAUAUGUCAGCUCCUGAUUCCACUGCGCACUACCAUGCCCUUCUACAACUCGGAGGAAGAGCGGCAGCACGGCCUGCAGCAGCAGCAGCAGCGACAGAAGCAUUUGAUUGAAUUUUGCUACACUGUCGCCCAGAAAUACCUCUUUGAAGGAAGACACGAAGAUGCCGUCCCUGCAGCUUUGCAUUCCCUCCGCUUCCGCAUGAACGUUCAUGGCCUGAGCUCGGUAGAGCUUGUACCUGCUUACCUGCUGUUGGCUGAGGCCAGCCUUGGUCUGGGCCGGGUUGUUCAGGCUGAAGAAUAUCUAUCCCAAGCCCAGUGGACUGUCCUCAAAUCAACUCAUUGCAGUAAUGCCAUCCAUUCUUUACUGCAUCGGAACCUUGGACUUCUCUACAUGGCUAAGGAAAAUUAUGAGGACGCCCGCUAUCACUUGGCCAAUGAUAUUUAUUUUGCCAGCUGUGCAUUUGGAACGGAUGACAUCAGGACCUCAGGAGGGUACUUCCACCUGGCCAACAUAUUCUACGGUCUUAAGAAGUUGGACCUGGCAGACACGUUGUACUCCAAGGUCUCUGAGAUCUGGUAUAAAUAUUUAAAUGACCACUAUCAAGCCCUCUCACAGGCUCGCACCCAACAGAUAGAUUUGCUGGGCAAGCAGUUUGUGAAUGACACUGGCCUGGAUGAAGCCCAGGAAGCAGAAGCCAUUCGGGUGCUGACGUGCAUCUUGAAUAUUCGAGAAUCUACAGUGGACCAAGCCCCCCAAAAAACUGUCUUCAUUCUGAAAACCCUGGCCAUGCUUUACUACCUGAUGAUGAAUUCUUCAAAGGCAAAGGAAUAUGCCAUGCGAGCCCUCGAGCUUGUCAGAGACUAUCAUCUCGAUGUCCAGGAGGAAAACACCAUUCAGGAGUUGCUGAGUCUCAUCUUAGCUGAAGAGGAUCAACCCAUCACUUAG